CCUCCCUCGUUUUUUGACAUAAUGGUUCAUCUAGUCGUGCAUCUUGUGAAAGAGACACAAUUGUGCGGACCAGCUUAUAUGAGAUGGAUGUACCCUGCUGAACGUUAUAUGAAAAUAUUAAAAGGGUACGUGAAAAACAGAAGUCGACCGGAGGGCUGUAUUGCGGAACGAUACGUUGUUGAAGAAGCGGUUGAGUUUUGUACUGAAUAUCUGUCAAAUGUUCAAUCUAUUGGACUCCCUAAGUCUCAUAUUGUCGAAAAAAAAGAAGGAAAAAGGCUAAUUGGAAAUAAAGUUGUGACAGUAUCAAUGGUCGAACGGGAUCAAGCGCACUUGUAUGUUCUGCACAAUGAGAUUGAGGUUGAGCCGUAUGUUGAAAUGCACAAGAUUGUUCUCCGAGAUUUAAAUCCAAAUAGAAAUGAGAACUGGAUAGUACGAGAGCACAAUCGAAGUUUCAUACCGUGGUUUAGGGAUCAUAUUUAUUCAAAGUAUCGUUCAGAUCCUGCUUCAGUAACAGAAAGGUUGAGAUGCUUAGCCUAUGGUCCAACUGUAAUUGUGCUUUCUUAUAGCGCAUACGCAAUUAAUGGAUACACAUUUUAUACCAAAGAACAGGAUGAUAAAAGUACUAUGCAAAAUAGUGGUGUUACCUUGGUGGCUGAAGCAAUGCACAUAUCAAGUGCGAAUGACUUAAAUCCGAAAUUUGCAAAUUUGUCAUAUUUUGGGGUUAUCGAGCGCAUUUUGGUGUUUGAUUACGCGAAGUUUCAGAUUCCUGUAUUUGGUUGCAAGUGGGUUGAAAAUAAUAGUGGCAUACGAAUGGAUAAGUCAGGAUUUUUACAAGUGGAUCUCAAUAGGGUAGGGUACAAAGAUGAGCCUUUCAUUCUAGCCUCUCAAGCUAAACAAGUGUUCUAUGUCAAUGAUCCUUCAAGUACGAAAUGGUCUAUAGUGCUUUUAUCUAACAAAAUAGUUGAUGAAAACAUUGAAGAUCAAGGUGAUAUUGGUGUUGGCAUUGAUUCUUGUACAAGAAGCGAUCAAAAUGAGAAUGAAUCUUGUACUAGAAAUGAUCAUAAUGAGGGUAUUUGGAUUAAUCCAACCGUCCGUGUUGUUAAGAGACGCGUUGAACACAAUCCUACCAAGAAAAGAAAGAGACGUUAGUGAUAAAGGUUAAAUGGCUCCGGAUAGAGAUGCUCCACCUGAAAACUCACAAGAAAGAGAUGC